AUGACUGGACAACUCACAUGGCUCGUUACCGGCUGCUCCUCCGGCAUGGGAGAGGCUUUGGUCAAGUCCAUUCUCGCAGCAGGUGACAAGGUGAUUGCCACCGCGCGAUCAACAGCGGACAAAAGCGCCGAAGAGCGUCUUGCCCCGCUCAAAGCAGUUGGUGCUGCGGUGUUGGAGAUAGACGUGAAAGCCCCCGCGGAGGAACUCAAUGCCAAAGCAAAGGAGGCCUGGUCUAUCUACGGCCAGAUUGACGUAUUAGUCAACAAUGCCGCGUACAUUGAUGCGGGUAUUCUCGAAGAGAUCGAUGAAGCCUUCCUGGUCAACGCGCUGCGCAACAAUGUGCUUGGUCCACUGAACCUUACACGGGCGUUCCUGCCUUACAUGCGUAGCCGCAAAUCGGGGACGGUUCUGUUCAUGUCCUCGGUGGGUGCCUACUAUGGUGCCCCCGGUGCCAGCGCCUAUGCUGGAUCCAAGGGACUGCUGGAGGGUCUCAUCCCGAACUUGACUCUGGAACUCCAGGCGUUUGGUAUCCGGACUUGCCUGCUCACUCCAGGGUACUUCCGCACCAAGGUCAUGACCCCCGGCAACAUCUUGUACCGGGCUCCCAAUGCCCUCCCGGAAUAUGCCGAGUUGAACAAGCUCAUCCAGGCUGGCUGCAAUGCUGCCGACGGCAACCAGCCCGGUGACCCUAACAAGGCUGCUGCUCUGGUGGUCGAAGCUGUCCGGGGUGAGGGACGUGCUGCCGGCAAGGAACUGCCGGCUCGGCUCCCACUGGGCCCAGAUGGGUUCAAGGCCGUCCGCGAUAACUGCGAAGCCAAACUUAAGAUUUGCGACGAAAAUAUCGUCCGUCUAUCCUCUACAACCCCAUCCAAUAUCUCAACAUCAUCAUACCACUUUACUGUGCCAUCAUUCUUUUGGCAUUUUGACAAUUACUGUCUCCCCUCUCUAUUAUUUAAUUUUCUUCCUUCUUUUUAUUUGGAUAUCACUGCUACAACCAUCAUGGCUUUCCAAGGCGACCUAUUAUCGGAGAAGCCAGUGCUCGACAUCCCAAACAAGAGAUCAAUUUUCUACCACCUGAAAACGCUAUACAUCUUUACAUGCAAUGAUUUCAAAGUCAUUCUCUACCCACAGACUGCCGUUGGCAUUUUCCAAGCACUGGCCGGUGGCCUCUUGACUACAAAUGAUACGCCAGAUUUCAUGUUUAUUUUAUCAAGGUUACCGCUGGUUGCCUUUUGGAACUGGUUCAACCUCCUGACAUUCAACCUCGCCAACCAACGACUACAAAACUCAAUCCUAGAAGACAACCUAAACAAGCCCUGGAGGCCUAUUCCUUCCCACCGCAUCUCGCCUGAUGAGGCUCGAUCACUACUGCUGUUUCUCCUUCCUGUUGGUAUAAUUCUCUCAUAUUUCAUUGGCGGAUUCAACGAGACCAUUGCUAUGAUAGUCCUCACCUGGAUGUACAAUGACCUCGGUGGCGGCGACGUCCACUAUUCUGUCCGCAAUCUUAUCAACGCCGGUGGCUUCAUUUCUCACGCUUCUGGCUCGACAGCCAUUGCAGCUGGCUACGGGCUUUACGAACUCAAUGGCACGGCGCCCUACUGGCUCGCUAUCAUAGGAAGCAUUAUCCUGACGACUAUGCAAGUGCAAGACAUCCCAGACAUGGAAGGUGACGCUGCUCGAGGACGCAAAACCUUCCCUCUGGUUUACGGUGGCAUGGCGGCACGCAUCUCCGUGGCUGUCGGUGUUAUGGCCUGGUCUUUCAUCUGCCCCGCCUUCUGGUCUGUGAACGUGGGCGGAUACCUGUUACUUGUCAUUCCCGGCGUUGUGGUUACCUACUGCACGUUGACGUACCGGAGCGUCUCCGCCGACGAAGCCACCUACAAAAUUUGGUGUGUCUGGCUGAUUCUCGUCUAUCUGCUUCCGCUGUAUAAAAAUCCCGAAGUUUUUUCUCGAUGGGGCAAUGAUGUUCUGACAUCCGGAAUGCUUCCAGACUUACUCUUACUUGGGGUUAUAUUCAAUUCUUUCACUUCUUGUGAAAAAAUGAAGACACCUACGAAUGAAGCCCUCGGCGCUACGGUCGGGCUGCUCGGUCUGGGCGUCGGUCUCGCAUCCUACGCUGUCGUCUGUAGGCUACAAGGGAAUUUGUCCUUAUUCACGGCUCUUGGAGUAUCUUUAAUAGACGCCAUUGUCGCGGUUUUCGUUUAUCGGUUGACUCUUCAUCCAUUGAGAAGUUAUCCCGGCCCAUGGCUUGCUGCUGCUACAGACUGGUAUAAUGUCUACCACUGUCUAACAGGCGACCGUCAUAUUGACUUUCUCCGUCUACAUGAGAAAUAUGGCCCAGCUGUCAGAUUUGGCCCCAAUAGGGUUUCCUUUUGCGUCGACCGUGCACUGCAAGAUAUCUACGGUGUGCGCGCCAACACGCAAAAGUCCCAAGUGUACAGCGCCUUUUCUCACUUUUUUACUGUACCGGCCAGCUUGACUACUAUUGAUCGCAAAGUGCACUCCUUCAAGCGUCGAGUGACCAGUCGAGCACUGAGCACGGGAGCCGUCAAUGGCCUGCAGGAUUUGAUCCUCAAGAACGUGCACGUUUUCUGUGCCUCGUUGAAAAACAACCAGCCAGGCGAAAAGACUACAGAAGAAUGGAGCGCGCCAAAGGACAUGUCCAAGUCAAUUCAGUACUUGCUGUCCGACAUCAUGGGAGAUGUCACGUUCUCGAAAAACUGGGAUAUUCAAGCCAGUACCACCAACCGCUACAUUCUUGACCUGAUGUCGCUUGGAACAUGUGGCAUUAAUCUUGCUGGGCAUAUCCCAACUGUACUCAAAUUGAAUCUCGACAAAAUUUUCUUCCCCACCCUGACAAAGGGCGUGCAGGAUUUCUUUCGCUUGUCAGAAACUCAAUCCUCCUGGCGUCUUGCUCAGGAUUCCGCUAGCCUUCCUAACCGGGAUCUUUUCGCUGCCCUGCUGGAUGCCCGGGAUCCGGAUACCGGGAAGGGAUACUCCGAACGGGACCUGAUUGCAGAAGCUGGCAUCCUGAUCAUUGCAGGAGCGGACACUACUGCUACCGCAACUACGGCAACACUGUUCUACCUACUGCACUCACCAGAGGCCUACGAACGGGUUCGUGCUGAAGUUGAUGCAGCAUUCCCUCGAACCGAUGGUGUUGACUGCAUUUGUAUUGGCUCGGCACUCGCUAGCUGCGUGUACCUGUAUGCUUGUAUUGAGGAAGCCAUGCGCCUGUGCCCUCCCGUAGGCGCUAUGCUUCCUCGUGAGGUUCUUCCAGGUGGUCUCGCCAUCGAUGCUGGCAAAUACCAUAUCCCCGCAGGCACCGAUGUUGGCGUCCCAACUUAUGCUCUGCAUCAUACAGAAAAGUACUGGCCCGAAGCACAUUCGUUCCGCCCUGAGCGAUGGCUCAACCAAAAAGGUGCCGAGGAGAAAGCAGAAGAAAUCAGCACAGGUAACAAUAACAGCGGAACAACCGCAUACGCCCCCUUUGGCGCUGGACGUACGAGUUGCGUUGGCAAGUAUCUUGCAUAUCAGGAGAUGGGCAUUAUCAUUGCUCGUCUUUUCUGGCUGUAUGACAUGCGUGUCUCGCCAGGAACACACGCCGGUGAAGGUGGGAAAUGGUGGCAGGGAAACUUCUGGGAACCGUCAUGGGGGCGUGACAGAGAGAGCGAGUUUCAAGUUCGAGAUGUCUUCACUAGCUCUCACGAUGGACCACAGGUUCAGUUCCGGUCGAGGUGA